CCGUCCUCGAGCAACACAAUGGCAUGGACUGGCACCUGGUCGAGUACUUCAGCAAGAAAGUGCCCGUCGUGCACUCCAUUGAUGAUGCACGCAAGAAGGAGCUCCUAGCCUUCGUCCACACGCUGAAGUGAUGGCGGCACUUCCUCCUUGGUCGAAGUCAAUUCCGAUGGGUAACAGACAACAAUCCGUUGGUGUUCUACAAGACCGAAGACACCUCAAUAGCACCAUCGCCCGUUGGAUGGAUUUCAUCGACCAAUUCGACUUCUUUCGUGAUCACAUUUCAGGGAAGUCUAACCGUUUUGCGGAUGCUCUUUCACGGCGUGCGGAUCAUUGUACCGCAGUCUAUUCGACCUUCGAGAUCGAUGACGACCUGUGGCACAACUUCAUCCGCGGCUACCAAGCCGACCCCGAGUUUCACGACAAGUACGCAAAUUGCUCCUCUCCUAAUCCGACGCCUUCUCACUACCGGAUCCAAGAGGGGUACUUGCUUGUCCACAUGUGGGGGAAGGACCUUCUUUGCGUGUCGAGUGACUCUCACUUGCGUACACGGCUUCUUGGUGAGUUCCAUGAUGCUCCCACCACCGGACACUUUAAGUCAAUCGCACGAUUGGCCGACUUCGCGAGCGCUUUUGGUGGGACGGCCUUCUCGGCGACGUCACACGCUAUUAGGCGGCGUACAGAAGUGGACGAGCAAAACAUGAGCAGCAUCUAUGCAGAGGGCGAUGUCAUCAGUGCUGAAGUGCAAAGUUUUUUUCAAGAUGGAUCUAUAAAUCUUCACACCCGGAGCCUCAAGUAUGGCAAGCUGGAAAAUGGACAAUUGGUGACUGUUCCUCCGUACGUGAUCAAGCGGAUUAAGCAGCACUUCCAAUCGCUUGAGGAGUGUGGAGUGGACGUUAUCCUCGGUUGCAAUGGCUAUGUGUGGGUCUCGGCCCCGGCUGGACGUCCCGUCUUGGAAGGACUUGCUGGUGUAAUGAAACAGACAGCUCAGACGGGUGUGGUUGAGCCACUUGAGCAGGGAGGAGGAGCAGAUGGACAAGCUGCGGUGCGGAAAAGAGAGAAUGUUCUGUUGCAGGUCAGGGAAUGUAUAUGUCGUGUCGCGAAUGCGAUUCUCGUCCUUGGGUUCCUAGGCUUGCCCAUUCAUCCACACUCAAUUACCGAUACCUUCCUGAUCAGCCGGACCUGGGGUAUUGAAAUUAAAGACAUGCUGUCGCCGGAUUUCAUAUUGAGGUUGGCCGAAAGGGAAGCCGAUAGAAGAGAGCAGGAAGGUGUUGGCGGUGCAUCAAAUAUGAUGAUGUGAAAAAUGUGUGGGUGUGAAGUGCCUUACUUAGCCGUAAGAGCAAAAGAAGUACGUCCUUGUCGGACCGUACGACCAGCCGCCGGUUCACCUGUAGACUGUGUAGCAUUGUUCGUACGCCAGAUAUAGGGUUGUUCCUACGCCAGUUGUUCAUCUGAUGUGAAAUUAAAGAUGCUGAUGCCAGAUUCCAUACCGAGGUUGGCUGAAAGAAAUGCAGAUAGAAGAGAGCACGAAGGUGUUGGCGGUGCAUCAAACAUGACGCGAUGAAUGUGUCGGUAACUUGGUAGGUUUGCAGCUGCCAGCCUGAUCAUGUUUGUUGAUUGCCUUGCCAGCCUGAUAAGUUUUGUCAAUUGCCUUACCUUUGCCGCGACAGAGAAAAGUAUGUCCUUGUUUGACUGUAUGACCAGCCGUCGGUUCACCUGUAUGUAUAGGUGUGUAGCGUUGUUCCCACGCCAGUUGUUUGUCUGAUUUGUCCCUAGACCAAUUGGGGUCUUCGUAGGGGUUCAAUGAGCAUCAGUUUUCCUGAAAACUGCCAGUCCUUUGAAGCCUCUUUUGAGAAAACAGACCAUUGCAUGAUCUUCUCAGGUGCUGCCAGCCUUUUCCCUCCCGUAGACAGGAACCGCAAUUUUCAGUGCGUUAACUGGCGCGUUUGAACUAGGUGCCAGGGAAACAAACUGGUGGUUUAAGAUCCGUCAGGACGCAGUGAUUGCCAGUAGUUUGUAGGACCAGUUGUGCCUCAGAUGUGCAGACACGAGUUGCAUCCCGGUCCGGUGAGAGGAUCAGUUGUUCCUUGGAAUAAUUGUAUGACCAGAGCUGUAGUUCAUAUUCGUAGUUGGGAACUGGAAAAGAAUCGUGUUCUGGAGUAAGGCUGUUUUGCCUGGAUGUAAGUGAAUGUUUUCAAGUCCUUUGUAUCACCGUC